AACGAGGAUCAUCCUCGAGAGGGAACAUUGGGAAUAACCUGUAAUUCUCCGCAACAAAUCUACCGUUCCACUUUGCUGUCAAAACUAAAGGUCGGGCUACGGCGAACUUCUCGUACGGCCCCCGUAUCCGUCGAUGGGAAUCGAUCGAAUUCUGUCGCAGAACGUGAACUUAUCGGAAAAAAGAGCCCGCUCGACACCGUCAUAUGUGGUGUAAGCAAUUAUUUAUCGUCCAUCUGCAAAACGCGGUCUCCUCGUAGCGUCUUUUUUCAGACGCGAAAAUCGCUGCCAAACACCUCUGCCCGCCGAAAUCUCUCUCUCUCCGCGCGUGUAUACAUCAAACGUUUUCGUCGGACGCUAUUACCCACAAAUCGAUCGAUCCGGAUCGUAAAAAAAAAAGUACUGAUUUCUCCGACGUUUUUGUUUACUUAUCUUUAGUGUUUCCUCACGUUGUUUUUCCCCCUAGACCCGCCAAACGUUUCUGUGUUAUUCUGUGGCGCUUGUUGUUAUGCUUUUGUUCUUUACAUUUCGUGGAUCAUCUGUCGCAUCUUGUUGCCCCGCAUGGCACGACGGCUGAGAUCAACUGACCAACGCCCACGACAAUUCGGGUCGACCAAGGCACGCAUGAAAAGUUCCAUGAGAAGCUGCAGCAUCACCGGCUUGUUGGGGUCUUUACGCAGGCAGUUCAGCAGGGAGCUACAGGAAUGGCCGAAAACGACAUGGACCAUAACGAAAACAUUGACAUUAACGCGACAGUGAGUGAAAAGCGCGACGUUGCCGACGCGCCGAACGGAAACAGUGUUGCCGACAAGAACGAUCUGGUCGCGGGCGUUUAUACCAACGGCACCCCCAGGACCAUCUACGAGAACCCCCUGGUGGGCCAGGACACCCCCGCGGAGGAGGAGAAACCUAUCCUGAGGGUGCAGUUCAACGAAGACGAUCGACAGGAAGAUAAUCAGGAUGUCAAACAGACGCUACUCCGGUCCAGAGAAAGCAUCUCAAGCAGUUCCGGUUCAAGUUCGGAUAGUGAAUCCUCUGACGAGUACACGGAGGCCAGACCUCCAGACGGCGGUUGGGGUUGGGUGAUCGUGGCCGCCUCCUUCAUGGUGAACCUGAUCGCCGACGGAAUAACCUUCAGUUUCGGCGUCAUCUUCGUCGAGUUCGUGGACUAUUUCCACGCGGACCGCGGUACCACCGCCGUGGUGGGAGGCCUCUUCAUGGCUAUGCCUUUAUUGUCCGGUCCUAUAGCUAGUUUCUUGACUGACAGGUAUGGCUGUCGUAAGGUCACCAUCUUCGGUUCCAUCCUCUCUUCUGUGGCCUUCAUGAUAAGCUCGCGUAUGAACAGCAUGAUGAUGCUCUAUCUGACCUUCGGCCUGAUGGCCGGAUUCGGAUUGAGCCUUUGUUACGUGGCGUCCGUGGUGAUCGUCGCCUACUACUUCGAGAAGAGAAGAUCAUUUGCCACCGGCUUGGCGGUUUGCGGUAGCGGCAUCGGCACUUUCAUCUUCGCCCCUUUGAUCCAGUUCCUCCUCGACGAGUACGGAUGGAGAGGAACCACCUUGAUCCUCGCCGGUUUGUUCUUGAACCUUGCCGUUUGUGGUCUGCUCAUGCGGGAUCUCCCGUGGACCUUCAAACAGCAGAAGAAGCUGGCGAAGGAGAGGAAGAGGAACCGCGAACUGAAACGUAGGAACAAGGGUUCCUCCGUGGACACGUUCUCGGUGAGCAACAGCACCAACACCGCAAGCGCCUUGCAGCCGAUCUUGGAGGCGACGGAGGCAGAGACCAGCGACAACGCGGAGAACAGACUGUGUUCCUCGCUGGUGAAUCUGCCUACCUACGUGGAUAACAGGGAAAAGGUGCCUAUCGAGGUCAUAGAACUGUUGGCGUCGCACAAGAACGUCUACAACGUGAUCAAGCAAAAUUAUCCGGGAUUGCUGUCGCCUUCAAGGAGUUUCAGCGAUUCCGCCCGCUUGAACAACGAGAUCUACACCACCAUGAAGACUAUUGGUAACGCGCCUCCUGAUACCACGAACAUCAAGGACGAGCUCUUCCUUAAAUGGAAUGAGAAGGCCAACGCGCCCCCCAAAAAGGCCCCUAAGACUGCUUUUCUCAACGAUCUGAGAAUACACAGGCUAUCCGUGUCCUACAGAGGCGCUAUGUUGAACAUCAACCGCUACAGACUAAGGGCUUCCUCUUGCCCGGACAUCUACCGCAACUCGAUGACCACCCUGUCCAAGGAGAAGAACCAAUGGUUCUCCGCCUUAUGGGACCUCUGGGAUCUGCUGGUCGACAUAAUAGAUAUCUCCCAUUUAGCCGAUCCGAAAUUUUUAGUUUUCGCCUUGUCUAACUUUCUUUUGUACACGUGGUACGAUGUUCCAUACGUUUAUAUGACCGAUUACGCGACGAACAACCUGAAAGUAACCUCGGAGAACGCCUCCUUGCUGAUAUCCAUGAUAGGAAUAGUCAAUAUGGUCGGGGAGAUAAUCCUCGGUUGGAUGGGCGAUCGACCUUGGGCCAACGCGGAACUGAUUUACGCUUUCUGCAUGUUUUGUUGCGGAGGUGUGACAGCCCUAAUGCCCUUUGCGACCAACUACACCGUCUUAUCCGCCCUGUCAGGAGCCUUUGGUUUUUUCAUUGCCGCCAACUAUUCCCUUGUGUCUAUCAUAUUGGUAGAACUGAUAUCCAUCGACAGGUUCGCCAAUGCGUAUGGGUUGCUUCUGCUGGUGCAGGGUUUUGGGAACCUUAUAGGACCAUCGUUAGGAGGUUAUAUCUGUGACGUCACCAAGAGCUACACCAUAACCUUCGUCGCCGCCGGUGUGUGCAUAGCGAUAUCCGGAGCUUUCUUGCUGAUCCUGCCCAUCCUGAAGAGGUACAGAAAAUUCGUCUCCCGACAAGUGUCCAACGUCUCCUUAGACGUGGAGUCUUGUAGGAACUCCAAAACUGAUCCCAUAGAGGCCUUUGACGCAACGAAAAACGGAAACGGUCACAAAAAACAUUAGAUAUCCGGUCAAUAUGAAAGGAACAGACACUCUCUUUCGAAAGAGAGGUAGGAAUUGUUCUGUCAAUAGUAACGUUAAAAUUGUUGAUGAUAAACGAAUUAUAUUGAUAGUAGAUGAUAGUUUAGGUGAUCACUUAGUAGGAAAUACCUCUUUGAAAGUCUUUUUGAAUCCCGCUUGAGAUCGAAACGUAGCUGUUAAGGUCACCUUUUUGAACCUUUUCAGAGUUUUGAUAUAGGUCUAUUAUUCAAGGCCAAUAUUUCUACCCGAAAUUUUGUAAAUACGUAGAGUAUUCAUCGUCUUAAAUUUCAAAGUAAUUUAUUACUUCACCUUCAUCUUGAAAACGAGCGUUACGUAAACAUUUUUUACGUAGUUUUCAGAGUGCAUCUUCAGUGACCUUGAAAAUAAAGCGUUAAUACGUAUUGUAAUUACUUACGUAAAACAUAUUUCAGCCAACUGAAUGACUGACUACUAAGGGGCGUUUACUGUUAACGCCCCGCCUAAAUGACCUUGAAUGGGUACUGUUUCAGUAUUAAGUACAAUUAUUUAAGUUGAUGAUUUAACUUAAAGAUGUUCCGUCACUGUUUUAUUGGAGUAUUUUAACUUUUCGUUUGGAAUGUUUCCUUCUUGUUUUGAUUUCCUUCCAUACAAUCAUAAAUCCUCUCUACGAAACUUGCCUUAAUAAGUAUUAUAUAAUUUGAAUGUUCAUGUUUUGGAGUACCUUAUAUUUGCCAAUUUUGUAAAUAUGUUCAAAGUAUAGGGGCUGUGUAAUAUUUAUUUUGAGAUAGAUUUUAAGGAGAUAGAGAGUUAGGUUAAAUUCACUAGAAGAAGCAAUGAAGCACACUCACACCAUGAAUGUAUUUUACUUUUUUUUAACAUUAUUCAAUGAAUAUGCCCGGUUUUUGAAGGAUUUCAAUUUAGGUGGCCAGUAUUUUAUGAUGUUUAUAGAUGUGUUAUUAAUAUCUUAUAAUUUUCUGUUCUGAAAACUUACGAGUGUUUUUUCAUUGUAUUGAUUCAUGUGUUAACGAUUUCUGGACAAAUUACUAGAAGACAAUUUCGGAAAUGAUAACUAGAUUGAUUGAAGUGGAUGAAAUAAGUACACUCAGUUGAACUCCAUAAUAGUUUUAGUUUGUUUUUUAUUGAUAGUUGUUGAAAUUGUUUGUAGUAAUUUUUUCAGUGAGUCAAAGGUGUUAUAAACAUAUAUUUUUCUAAUUUUUUUAAGUAAAUUGCGUUAGUUUAAAAUUUCGGCCAAAUUUAUGAAGCUUUAUUAAUUUUUUCAUAUAGAACCUAAAUAGAUUCGUCAAAAAUUAGAAUAUUUUUGAUAAAAAGCAUAACUGUGAUUAGAUGAAAUAGAUGUUACUUUUUCAAAGCCGGUGACUCAUCAGUUACCGCCAAAUUCAGAUAUUCAGACAAGUUCCGGAGUUUCUUCCUUCGUUGUAGUGAAAAUACUCUCUUUUAGGAUUUCUAGAUUUCCAUCUUCAAACCGCAACUGUAUUUCAAUUGAAUGUUCAACAAUUCUGACUGUGUAGCGUUAAUUCAAUAUUAUAAAGUUCAAUAUCUGUAUUUCAACAGAAUUUUACUUGUAAAUAUAUAGUUUUUAGCGAAACUAUAGUAAAUUUCAACAUGAAUUAAAUUCAGUAAGAUCUGGAAA